AUGGAAUCUGUAACUGAAAUUGGCCGAAAAAAACACGGAUGGUCUCUUCGCACUGUGGCCUUCUGUGCCGUUGUUUUCAGUACUGUAGCAGUAGCUUCUUGUCUGCUUACAUUCCCGCUGAUCUUUCACUUCGUUCAAAACAUGCAGGCACUCGUCCAGGGAGAAGUUGAUACUUGUCAGUUUCGCUCAAGGGAGAUGCUGUCGAAAUGGCUCAUUUUCAAAUUUCACAGACGUCUUGAGAGUAAUGAAAAAAUUUACUCCCACAGGAAGAUCAGGCAAACAGACGAUGCUUCAUGUAAGUGGGAAAUUGUUGUCAGACUAAUGCUAAUAGCUGCACUUGUCAGCGAGGGCCAACUGGUCAGCAAGGAAUGCCAGGUGAAGAUGGUGCUGAUGGACCACCGGGAAAAGAUGGAUCUCCGGGAAAAGACGGCGAAGAUGCUGAAGCAUAUCAGAUCCUCAUGCCCAUUCCUCCCCCGUGUCCUUGCGAGUUCAUACCAGGCAAGUUUUAUUCUUUUUUUUCUGUUCACUGUACGAAUAACUGCUCUAGGACUUCCUGGUGUUUCCGGUCCUCGCGGCAAGGACGGUAGUCCGGGUGAUCCCGGUCCACCGGGACAGGAUGGAAACCCGGGUCUACCCGGAAAGCAAGGAAAUAUGGGGCCACAAGGCUCGAAGGGAUUUGAUGGUCCCAAAGGACCAAAGGGUCAGCCUGGACGAUACGUGAAAGGUAAAAGAGGACCCCGUGGUCCACCAGGCCCACCGGGAGAACAAGGUCAGCUAGGCGAACGUGGAAAAAUAGGCCAAAGAGGGCCAGAAGGACGAAUAGGAAAAGUGGGACCGCGUGGAGGUACUGGACCAAAAGGUAUAACCGGGCGACCAGGAAUACCUGGAGAAAUGGGCAUCCGAGGUCCUAUUGGCAUUGCAGGCGAAAAAACGGGGUUCAAGUUUACAAGAACAAUGUCUGUUGCGUGGAUGACCGAUCAGCCGACCGAGUUAGGAAAAGACUUGCACGUGUGCCGUUCUCCUGACCCACGGGAGUCUUCGCAUGGCAUGGAGUCGUCGCUACUGUGUCAAAAAGCAGGCCAAGGUCAACGAUGGGGCGAGCGGGUCAGCACUGAUAUCGUCUACAAGCUAAAUGAUCCCAAGUUCACCAAGGUCAGCUGA